AUGGUUUUCAGCGCCUGGUUGUUGCAACACAACAUGAUCGUGGCGUCGGUGCCGUUGCUGCUGUUCUCCCUAUCCGUCGCCUUCAUGAUAACAACAUUCUCGCUCAUCGGUAUCAAGCCUAAGCGCUUCACUACGGAGUGGAUGCUUGCAAACAAGGAGAGAGAACGAGCAGAAAACAGCAACCCAAUGACACGGUAUCUAGACAGAAGGCGCAAGGAAAGGGGUUCCAACUGGCUCCCCGAGAAGUACUUGAUGACACAUCCUUUCUUGUCAGUUAAGGCGGACAAGAUCUAG